AUGUUAGGUCUCGACUAUAGGAGUGACAGUGAAGAUGAGGCACCGAACUCUCCGGGCACAGCUACAUCAACAUCGAAAUCAGCCACGACCAACGGUGCCAUACCAGGAUCAUCAAGCAAGCUCCAACUUCCUCCUCCCGGCGCUUCUACCUCCUCUCAACCAAAAGGCCUAUCUCUUCCACCUCCAAAGACGAAACAAAAGAAAUCAACAGGUCCAAAGAAGAUAGUCGUCGAGCUUCCAAAGCUCGAAAAGCACGCCAGCGAUGACGACUCGUCCGACGAGCAACCCGCAGCGAAGAAACCCAAGCUAGGCGGAGGUGCCAAAGGUGCAUCUGCAUUACUCUCAAUGCUUCCUGCACCGAAGAAGACUGUGCCGGAGCCUGCAGCUCCGCAGCGUGUGCUUGGCGGUGGGAAGCCUGGUGUUGUGUAUUCAGCUGCUUCUCAGAAAGCCAAAGCUCCGGAAGAGCGUCCUCCUGUAUCAGAAGGACCUGUGGACGGAGAUGAUGCUGUGCAGGAAGCUGUGACUAAAUAUGAUGAUACGACUACGUCUAUGAUCCCUCCGUCAAUGCUCCUGAAGGGGAAAUCAAAGAUACAGACAUCCGAAGCAUUAAAAGCAUCCAUAAGCUCUUCUGGGCCUUCGACUGCGCCUGCAAUAGAUAUAUUCUCAUUGGGUUCAGCUCCCAACAGCCGACCAUCAUCCGCACCUCCCCUUCCAGACACUUCCACAUCGACUCCUUUAAUCCCAUCAAUAAUCUCCUCAGCCCCAAAGAUCGAAGAAUUCCGCCCUCCAUCUCCAAAGAUCAACGACCCAUAUCCAGGGUACUACCAACUCCCCUCAGGCAGCUGGGCAAUGCACGACCCAACAUACUACAAAACCUACUCCAACCGCUGGCAAAAAGACUACGAAGCGCAAAUCCGAGCAUACGAGCGCGGCGAAAAGGGCUUCGAAGGUGCAGGUGCGAAUGGCGAAGACGCUACUGAGGUGAACGCGGAGCAAUUGGCUGAUGCUGCACGUGCGGCACGAGAGGAGAAAAAGGCGAUUACUGAGAAAGCGGGAAGUGAGACGGAUAGACCUGUACCGAAGGCUGCGAUGAACCCUACGAAGAUGUCUGGUGUGGCUAGGUCUAGACAUCAGUUACAUUCUUUGUUGGCGGAUGCGUUUAUGAACCGCGAGGCUUUGGAGGAGAAGAUUGCGCAGGGGAAAAGAAAUCGGAAAGAGGCCGGGAACAAGUACGGUUUCUGAGUGUCCCUUGUUCCAUUUUUUUAGAUACCUUCUCACAGGCGCCUUGCAUGACCACU